AUGGCGGGCCGUCUCAAGGAUGCCAUCAAGAAGCGAGCUUCACGCCUGCUCCAUAGAAACAGAGAUGGAGCAAAAGACACGCCUGAGGGUGCAGACUCUCACCCUUCAAACAACAGAAACAGUCUGAAUUAUUCGAGUAGAAAGUCACAGCCAGGUCAUCGGAAAUCAUUGAGUCUCUUGAGCCGAAGCUCAAAGACAGAACCAAAGAAUUGUCAUGUGCUCCAUCAAACACAGGCACCCGAAAGCACCAAUGGCUAUCAAGCUCAUCCGGCUGUCCAACCAUUGGAUGCAGAUUUAGAGCCCAAAACUCCCAGAUUAGAACGUCAACGUCCCGGUAUCAAAUCGGAUGACUCCGAUGAUCAAAGCACUGAUGGCAAUGCCCAAGGCAGCGAUUAUUUCGAAGGUUCCUCGAGCCAAGCUGCUCAGCACUAUCAACCGAAACAAGAGAAGGCGAAUCGUCCAACACACCAAAGCACAAGGCCAGCCAACUCGCCUGAUGCGGCUGAACUAGAAAGAAGGCUUUCUCGUCUAGCUGUCUCACGGCAAGAGACGGAGCUCCCUGAGAUAGAUAUUGCCCCUCUAACUCCUUUUGAAUACGUUGAAAAGGUCGAUCCUGUGCAGGCGAAGCCCUCGCGGCUUGCAAUCGGGCAAGAUGGUCCUGAGAAAGCAUCAACACAUAUCGAGCCCUUGUCUCAAGAGUCUGAUGUUAACCUACAUUCCAACACCAGCCAAGAGGUCAAACACAAUUUGGAAGUUAUCCAUCCUCGAGACGCCGAGUUCGAUCGCAUCAACAAGGAGGUCCAAGCCGGUACAGACGGUGAAGCCAACUUCCACCUACAAAACAGUCUGGACUUUGACCGAACAAUUCACAACCAAGAGCCAGUCGUUCAUGAAUCCAUACGCCCCCAUGUCCAUACGAUAUACGAACCGAAGCGCACACUGUCGAUUCAUCACCAUGAGCAUCGAACUCUGAUCCAACCGAUCAAAGACCCUAGUCCCACCAUACUUCCAGAUCAACAUUGGCUUCAAGAUGACACGACAGGAGAGUUUUAUAGAAUUCCUGCCGAAUUGGGGAAGCAGCUUAUGUAGAUUGGAUUUGUUAGAAUGAUUGUUUGCUCUGUUUGGGUUUAGGGAGCGUAGGCAAGGAGUACAAAGACUUCAUCUCUCACCCUGCGAUUGAGUCAUAGCAUGAUAGAGUCGGUGAAGCAGCGAUAUGGCUACUGCAUAAACUUUAUAGUAAUGACUCUUGGUUGCAGAGUGAGAAUGAGGUCGGUUAAUAUCAUAUACAAUUCCGGGUUAACCUUAUGCUGUCUCAGUUUAGAGUUGUGUUCCUGUUUUUCGUAUCGCGUUCUUGUUCUAGGGUAGCUAGAGUGGGCCCCAAUUCAACGUUGACCAACCACAAUCCAAGGAAUCUUCAGUUCGGGAUAAACUUCAACGUGGCCAUCAUGAAACCUCAACUUAGUCUGAACUACCAGCCAUUCUGUCGAUUCCAGGGAACUUAUGUCUGAGCUUGUAUGUAAUAUACGAUAUUAAGGGAUAUGAGGAUCCUCUAUUACAAUCACCAAAAAGGACACCUUCGGUAGCUAGGCUCCGAAAAAGACCCACUGACCGAUGAACGGUGGGAAUAUUCUCGAAUCUGAGGUUGAGAGAAAGAGGCCAAGUCUCCUCUGUUU